AUGUCCACUCCAUCUCCCCAACCCUGUCCCCUCCUCGACAAACUCCCACCCGAACUCCGCAACAACAUCUACACCCACCUCUUCGCCUUCGACCAAACCCAGACCUACCACCUCGCCAAAUGCUCCCCAACUCCCAAAGCAAUCACUCAAACAUGCCACCAACUCCACUGCGAAGCAUCCUUCCUUUACAGAACCUCAUUCCGCCACUUCUGGUCCUCAGCCCGCUUCGAGCUGAACCGUCCCGACGAGCUGCAGAAAGAAGACUGGUCCAUCACCCAUCUCCGCGAUGAGGACUUGGCUCAUAUCACGAAUCUCACCCUCGAGCGUGGUCAGGGACCUACCAAUCCAGACCGUCUUACCUACAAAUUGAUCGAUGCCCGAGGGGGUUGGAGCAAGAGGCACUCAGCUCACAACCGAGAGGACUCGUUCGGAAUCUUAGCUGGGAGUUUCCUGGGACAGAUCAAGCUUGAAUGCACAACUUGGUACACGAGGAAAAUGUAA